GACUUCAGUCAAUGGGGUCUAUAUAUUGAGAUGUUUUGUCCGUGGGCUUUAUGUGAAUGAGAAGCUGACCAGCGGAGAGUCCCCGCAGCUCCUCCUCGUCGCGUGCCUCCUCUCCUGUCGCCUCUCUGACCGUGAUGGGUUCUCGUGUUGUCGCACUGUGCRCGGCUCUCCUGUGCGUGGCGUCGCGCUCGCUCGGCCGCGGGUCAGGUGCGGUCGGAGCGGUUGUCAGAUGCGAGCCGUGCGACGCGGCAGCGCGGCUCCUGUGCAAGCCUCUGCCCCGGGACUGCGCCGAGAGGGUCCGCGAGCCCGGCUGCGGCUGCUGCCUGACCUGCGCGCUCAGCUUCGGCCAGCCGUGCGGAGUGUACACCGGAAGAUGCGGCUCCGGACUCACCUGCCAGCCCCAGCCAGGUGAAACCAAGCCGCUGCAGGCUCUGAUUGAGGGACGGGGCAUCUGCCUGAACACCACGAACAGGAGACCCGCAAUCAGACCUACGCCUCCGGUCAAUGAGUUGCCAGCAGAGCACACAGAGACUCAGGACAGGGAGCAGAAUUCCACCGACUCAAGUCUUCAAACGUCCUACAACAGUCAUGCUGGACCCUUUAGACCUCCGCACCCCCCGUCCUUCUCCUCCGCAAAGUCAGAUGUCCUCAGACAGGAACCUCAGAAGAAAACCCAGAGCUUUAAAAUGGAGGAUCUCCCCGCCGGACCACUCAUCACAGACCAGCAAAACUUCGCUCUCGAAACCAAACAGAAGCCCGAAUAUGGACCCUGCCGAAGAGAGAUUGAGAGCAUUCUCAGCAACCUGAAAAUUACCAACAUCCUCAACCCCAGAGGUUUCCGUAUACCAAACUGUGACAAGAAGGGCUUCUAUAAGAAAAAACAGUGCCGUCCAUCCAAGGGCCGGAAGCGAGGCUUCUGCUGGUGCGUGGAUAAAUACGGACAGCCUUUGCCAGGCUUUGACGAGAAGGAGCGAGGAGACAUCCAGCACUACAACUCUGACAGCCAGUCGGAGUGAGGAAGAACAAGAGGGGGAGAGAGAGAGAGAGAGAGAGAGAGAGAGAGAGAGAGAGAGAGAGAGAGAGAGAG